CCGGCCCUGCUGCUGCCGCCGCCGGGGUCAAGGCAGGGCCAGGCCGGGCCGGGCAGGCAGUUUCGCUUUGGCGGGCGCGGAGCAGCCGCCUCGGCCGGGCCAGAGGAGGAGGAGCCGGGCCGCGGAGCCGUAGCGUCCCGGGCCGCCGGCCACCUGGGAGGUAGCCCUUCCCGCUGCCGCCCUCUCCCCGGUUCCCACCCGACCGCAGCUGCCUGCCGGGUGCAAGGGGCGCCGCAGCGAGCCCCCAGGCCCGAGGGGGAGGCUGGGAGAGGCGCCCCGGGUCUCCGGGCCCACCCGCGCCGCGCGUCCCCCGAGGGUGGGGGCUGCGCCUGCGGGGCCAGACACCUGUUCGGCCUGGCCCGGCGUGGUCGCCUGGGGCCAGGAUGAAAGUGACCGUGUGCUUCGGCCGGACUGGCAUCGUGGUGCCCUGCAAGGAUGGCCAGCUGCGCGUCCGGGAGCUCACCCAGCAGGCGCUGCAGCGGUACCUGAAGACCCGGGAGAAGGAUCCUGGUUACUGGGUGAAGAUUCAUCACUUGGAAUACACAGAUGGAGGAAUCCUGGAUCCUGAUGAUGUCUUGGCAGAUGUUGUUGAAGACAAAGAUAAGCUGAUUGCUGUGUUUGAAGAACAAGAACCACUCCACAAGAUUGAGAGCCCCAGUGGAAACCCUACAGAUCGUCAAAGCCCAGAUGCUUUUGAAACAGAAGUGGCUGCCCAACUGGCUGUGUUUAAACCAAUUGGUGGGGAAAUUGAAGUGACCCCUUCUGCUCUGAAACUAGGUACUCCGCUGCUGGUGAGGAGAAGCAGUGACCCAGCGCCAGGCCCACCUGCUGAUGCCCAGCCAAGCACUUCACACCCUGUUGGCCAGAGUCUGAAACCUGUCGUUCCGGAUUCCAUGCAGAACUUGGAAGACAGAGAAGUUAUGAAUGGUGUACAGACAGAACUACAAACAUCGCCCAAAAUUAAGGAUGCAUUGAGUGAUAUGACAAGAACAGUGGAGAUUUCUGGGGAAGGAGGCCCAUUGGGAAUACAUGUAGUGCCCUUCUUUUCAUUUUUGAGUGGAAGGAUUCUAGGACUCUUCAUCCGAGGCAUUGAAGAAAACAGCAGGUCCAAGCGGGAGGGACUAUUUCAUGAAAAUGAAUGUAUCGUAAAAAUCAACAAUGUGGAUCUUGUAGACAAAACCUUUUCUCAGGCUCAAGAUGUCUUCCGUCAGGCAAUGAAGUCUCCAAGUGUGGUCCUCCAUGUGCUUCCACCUCAAAACCGUGAACAGUAUGAAAAAUCAGUCAUUGGACCUCUUAACAUUUUUGGUAACAAUGAUGGCGUUUUGAAAACAAAGGUGCCACCUCCUGUUCAUGUAAAAUCUGGACUAAAGACAGUUAAUCUCACAGGAACAAAUAGUCCUGAAGCAGAUGCAUCAACUUCUCUGCAACAAAACAAGAGUCCCCGAGUACCAAGACUUGGAAGAAAACCAUCCUCUCCCUCACUCUCCCCUCUCAUGGGAUUUGGCAGCAAGAAAAAUGCAAAGAAAAUUAAGAUUGACCUAAAGAAAGGCCCUGAAGGACUGGGUUUCACUGUGGUUACCAGAGACUCUUCCAUACAUGGUCCUGGUCCCAUUUUUGUAAAAAACAUUUUACCAAAAGGAGCAGCAAUAAAAGAUGGACGCCUGCAAUCAGGGGACAGAAUUUUGGAGGUAAACGGAAGAGACGUUACUGGGCGAACGCAGGAAGAGCUCGUGGCCAUGCUCAGGAGCACCAAGCAAGGAGAGACGGCAUCACUGGUUAUCGCCCGUCAGGAAGGAAAUUUUCUGCCCCGAGAGCUGAAAGGAGAACCCGACUGCUAUGCACUCUCCCUAGAGACAACCGAGCAACUCACCUUUGAGAUUCCCCUGAAUGAUUCAGGCUCUGCUGGCCUUGGGGUGAGCUUGAAAGGGAACAAAUCCCGGGAAACUGGAACAGACUUGGGAAUUUUUAUCAAAUCCAUCAUCCAUGGAGGUGCUGCUUUUAAGGAUGGUCGUCUGCGAAUGAAUGACCAGCUGAUUGCAGUUAACGGGGAAUCACUUUUGGGAAAGUCCAACCACGAAGCUAUGGAAACACUUAGGCGAUCCAUGUCCAUGGAAGGAAACAUACGAGGGAUGAUUCAGUUGGUGAUUCUGAGGAGGCCAGAGAGACCAAUGGAGGAGCCCGCAGAGUGUGGGGCAUUUUCCAAGCCAUGCUUUGAGAACUGUCAAAACGCUGUAACCACCUCCAGGCGAAAUGAUAAUAGUACACUGCAUCCAUUUGGCACUUACAGUCCACAAGACAAACAGAAAGACCUAUUGCUUCCCGCUGACGGGUGGGCUGAGAGCGAAGUACCACCUUCCCCACCACCACCACAUCCUGGUCUGGAGUUGGGCCUUGAAGAUUACAGCCACAGCUCUGGGGUGGAUUCAGCAGUAUUUUUUCCAGAUCAGCACAUCAACUUCAGAUCUGUGACACCGGCCAGGCAGCCUGAAUCAAUUAAUCUGAAAGCCUCGAAGAGCAUGGACCUUGUGCCAGAUGAAAGCAAAGUUCAUUCAUUGGCUGGACAAAAAUCGGAAUCUCCAAGCAAAGAUUUUGGUCCCACUCUGGGUUUGAAAAAGUCCAGUUCCUUGGAGAGUCUGCAGACCGCUGUGGCCGAGGUCAGGAAGAAUGAACUUCCCUUCCACAGGCCCCGACCACACAUGGUUCGGGGCCGAGGCUGCAACGAGAGCUUCAGAGCAGCCAUAGACAAAUCUUAUGAUGGACCCGAAGAAUUAGAAGCUGACGGGUUGUCUGAUAAGAGCUCUCAUUCUGGCCAUGGAGCUCUGAAUUGUGAAUCUGCCCCUCAGGGGAACUCUGAGCUAGAGGACAUGGAAAAUAAAGCCAGAAAAGUCAAAAAAACGAAAGAGAAGGAGAAGAAAAAGGAAAAGAGCAAGUUGAAAGUCAAGGAGAAAAAGCGCAAGGAGGAGAAUGAAGACCCAGAAAGGAAAAUGAAGAAGAAGGGAUUUGGUGCCAUGCUGAGGUUUGGAAAGAAGAAAGAGGAUAAGGGUGAGAAGAGUGAGCAGAAAGCUACUCUGAAGCGCGGUGGUCUGAGAGAAGAGGAGCUCGAGAGAAUGAAAGAAGAGCGUGAAAGGAUUGGAGCAAAACAUCAGGAGCUAAGGGAAAAGCAGGCAAGAGGUCUUGUUGAUUAUGCUACUGGCGCAAUCGGAUCAGUGCAUGACAUGGACGAUGAUGAAAUGGACCCCAAUUAUGCCAGAGUGAACCACUUUCGGGAAUCAUGUGCAUCAGCAAAUGUCUUUAGGUCUCCAUCUCCUCCUAGGGCUGGCCCAUUUGGUUACCCUCGGGAUGGCCGUCCACUGUCUCCAGAGAGAGACCACUUAGAGGGUCUCUAUGCCAAGGUCAACAAGCCAUACCAUCUACCGGCUCCAGUUGACAGCGUCCGUCCCGUGGCUGGGAGCACCGACCGCAUCCAGAAGUUGCGGAAGGAGUAUUAUCAGGCUCGGAGGGAAGGCUUCCCUUUAUACGAAGACGAUGAAGGAAGAGCAAGGCCGUCUGAUUAUGACCUUCUCUGGGUGUCUGGAAAGGGCCCUGAUGGGAACACGCACAGCCUCCGCCCCGAGGGAAUGGAGAGACAGUACGCGUCCUUACCCAGGGGAGGGCCAGCGGAUCCUGCAGACUACCUGGCCGCAGCAGCCCGAGGGCUCUACAAGGAAAGGGAGCUGCCCUAUUACCCCGGGGCUCACCCCGUGCACCCUCCCAAAGGGAGCUACCCACGCCCCCCAGAUCUGAGGGUGGCAGAUCUCCGGUAUCCUCAGUAUUACCCACCCCCGCCAGCCCCCAAGCACAAAGGACCCUUCCGGCAAGACGUCCCACCUUCCCCUCCUCAGCACCAAAGAGUGCCGGCCUAUCAGGAAAUGGGCAGAGCAGGGCCCCGGGGCGGCAGCCCGGACCAGUACCCCUACCGACCCCAGGACCCCCGGCAGAAGAACCCCAUGACUGCGGCCGUAUAGCUGAUCGCCCAGGCCAGCCCAGCCCAGAGAGGAAGACGUCGAACGCCACCUUUGCCCUUUCUAGACCUCAACGCCUUCUACCUGUGCAGAAUUCUCCAUGGUACAAAUUAGCUUUUUCCCACUGAGAUUGCAGCCCUUGACUGCUAAUCAGAGGGAAAGAGAAAGGGCAGGGGGGUUGGGGGGUGAAAAAUCAGAAGGAAGAGGAAGAAAGGGGCCAUAAAAACAAUGCUACCUGAUAUUCGAAAGGCUUUCAGAAUUUUUCAACUCAGUGAGAGUGGCAGCCGAACAAGCGGCUAGCAGUGGAGCCAGACUGCACAGUGCCUCCCGGCCGGGGAACCUGUGCCCACGUGCCCACGCGCACACACCCCCACACACAAGUGGCAGGACAGAGAGGCCGUGUCUGCUGCAUCCAGGUGGCAGCAACCCAUUCAAGGCUCGGCCUCAGCUGCUUAUUAGAGCUUCUAAGUCAGAGGAGUGGCAGAGUAGACAGACUGGGAUGUAGGCAUCUUAAGUGAGUAUAGGGUUUUUUUUUUAUUAUUGAGAAAAAAAAAAACAACAGCAAACAUGACGAGUGAUCUCCUUGAAAUUUUUUAUACCCGAAGGAAGACUGCAUUUCCUUAUUUGGAGAAUUUCUCAGGUUCCUGAUACCACUCGUGAUGUAAACAUUACACAUUUCCUUGCUUUUGAUAUAAAAGUCAGUGCAAUGUGAAUGCAGUAUUAGUGUCUUGGGAGAAUGUGCAAAGCUAGUCAGAGCUUCCAGGAGGAAGGAAUAUAGCCCGAGAAUCAGGGUGAUCAGGUUAAGAGGGGUGAACCUCCGGUGGUCCUCACCUUCCUUCCUCCCGGGUCCCAGGCAUAGAGAUAUCUGGUUUCAGAGUCAGCCCCAAAUCUCCUGCCCGUAAUUAUUUUAACUGGGGCCUCUACUUUAAGGCUCCCACUUGAGAGCUAAAGUGUACUUGGGAAAAAUAGAGCCCCCUGGGCAGGUCGCACAGGAAGCAGUGCCCUAGAGAAGCCAGUUCCAGACUCGGUGCCAGACAGUACCCAUCUGCACGCAGGACAGUGAGGAGCUGACCGUGGCCUUUGGAAAUUGAUGGCCAGCAGAUCGUAGAAGGAAGUGAAAGAUGGUGUGUGUGUGUGUGUGUUUUGUUUUCAAACACGUGUGACUACCAAUAUGGAGAAUGGAAGAUUAAAAAUGCUUUCUGGAAAGUUUGAUAAGGAAGGAAAAAAAAAUGGAGAGGAAGGGAAAAGAGGCAUAAGACUAAAUCAUUCUGCAUCUGCUAUUUCAUUAACAAAAGUCAGGGCAAGGCCAAGGUCUCCAACUGGGAAAGGAUGGUCUUAUGGCUGUGAAAAGCUGAAACCCCACCUUCUAAGUAGAACAAACCCAUGGCAAUUUCUUUGGAGCUUUGCAGCUGUUUUUCACAAGAACAAAACAUCUGAAAUUUACAACCUGACCCAAAUGAGAAUAUAAGCAAAAGACUGAAAAACAGCAAAACCUGAGCAUCAGUCUGAAUUGCUCAGUGACUCUUGAAAUACAUUAAGUCUUUUCACAUUCCUCCUUCAUUCCCUCCCAAAAAAGUCUUGAGUUCAAUUUAGAUAUAUUCUGGCUGAGAUUAGAAUACCUCUAACUGACAGGGUUUAAUAAAUUAUAGUAUUAUUAAAUAUAUAGAGCAUCCAUCUAGCACAGUUUAGUCUUAUUUUUUUAAUUUAAAAUAGAGUUGUGUUACCAAGAAAUGAUGCAACUGCUAGUUUUAGAUGUAAAUAGUGUUAUUUACUGGACUUCAAGAGAUAAUCAUUUUCCAAACUAUAAUUUACUAUGACCCUCUUGAGAAUAGACUAUCAAGUUGGUUUUUGUCCUCUGUCAUCUCUCUUAAGUCAGGCACCUUUAGGUUGUUUGCAGUUUGUUCAAAAAGGUUGAGGAUCUUAGGUCCUGCUCACCUGAAGGGAGUGCAGGUGAGCUGUAGGGUUUCCCUGCCAACAUGCUGACUGCUACCUUCCCCUCAAGCUAAAUAAACUUCAAAGAAGAAAAUGAGAAGAUGAGAGAAAUGUAACUUGUUUUGAAGCAUUAAAAAUCAGCUCUUCAGCAUGUUCCCUAUUUUAACCAAAUUUCUGUAGACUUCUAAACAUAACCAAGCCAGAAGGCUCCUCUGGAUCAGGCUAGACCACUUGAGGGGUGGCCAGGGAUGGGAUGUAGAACUGUGUGCUUUGGAGGAGUGGCCCUUGCGGAAAGGAUGCCCUUGUUUUCACCUGCAGUGUUGCCAUCUCACGGGCAUCUUACAGUGAGCUGCUGCAAAGCAUGGUUUUGUGUUGUAUACACAGUCAAUAACAUAGCUGCUAAUCUGGAGGAGCAGCCAGUGAUGUGAAGGCACUAUUGAAGUGAACAAGAAAUAGAUUAUAGCAGUUUUCUUUUCUUGCUUGAAAUAUAACUCACGCUCCAUUUGAUCCUACCCUAAAGAAGCGAACAUUACAUUUGUGACAGAGGCUCCAUCAAGCCAAGCAAAAAUUAAGAACAGCUCCAAUGUAAGCUUUAUAAAUGCCUGUGUGCUAACCUUCCAAUUGUCACCACCCAGAAGUUACAGGUCUCUUUCCCAGUAUUUAGAACAGGUUGUUUAGAGUAUUUAGAAGACCAGGAUAUAAUCAAUAGAUGCCCAGGAGCAAGAAAUCAUUCCCUGCUUAUUUACGGCCUUGGGAAAACUCAAUCAGGUGUCCCUUACAGCUCACAACGCUAAUAGCCCCCCUGGAAUAGAGAGACACAUUGAGCUGUGAUACACACCCGAUCAACAUACACCCGCCCGGCUGCAGAUCUGACUGCUGAGUCAUUUGGGCCUUGAGAUGAGGUUUGGCCUCAAGUCACUAGAUAUUUUAAGGAGCCCUAUUUUUCUCCUGUUUUCCAAUAGAGAUGAAAGAGCAGAUCAUUGAAAACUUUUAGAUGCCGGAGAAUUCAGUCCUCUGCAAGGGAAACAAACACAACAUCUCAUUAAUCCAUUCUGUCGUUGAGCUGUGGCACUAUCACUCUUGGUAUGGUAUUGUUUCCGCAUAAUACCAAAUCAGUGGAUGAAAGGCAAGCUCACAAACAACUCUUAAAUCAUAGUAGCAAGCAGAAAUUCGGAAAAAAAUUAUUCGGAAGUUCUUCGUUCUUAGAUUUUUAGGUAUACAUGUGUUGACCCCCAAGGGAUAGCAUGGAGCAAAAAUCUUACAAUCAAGAGCAUAGUAGGGACCCACAGACUUACUGUCACCCAUGGAGGAAGCCCUGUGCACAUCUCCUGACAGAUUGGAGGUUUCACUGUAGCUGUAUAGUUUACUGUCAACUAAAUAAAAUUAAAACAUGAGUCAUUAUCCCUUCCAAGGAUUCAUGAAAUUUUUGAACUAAAGCUGUCUUUUGAAGGAAAUCCACCUAACAACUCUGGGAGGAUCAUGAAGCUCAUUUCUCUUUUCCCUGGUAUACGUAGAGAUCAAGCCUAUAAAAAAUAUUCAUUUCCCCUACCUGUAACCACAGCAUUCAUUUUUGUUGGAGGAACGUUGUAGCAUUUCAGGAGGGUAGAGAGAUCUGGAGAGUUCGGUAUGUAAUGUGUGCUGUACAAUUCCCAUCAGCAUUAAAGUCUGAAAUCCACAAUGAAUGGCCUUCUAAUUGGUGUUAAAUUGGGUAGACACCCUACUGCUUCCUGAGUCCAUGAGCAACAGAAAGUCUGGAUUUCGUGCAAUUAGGCAGGAGGGAGUUGGAUUCAGAAACAGCUCCACUAGUAUUUUGCUGCACUCCCAGUUCGUGUCGACUUAGGUGGAAACGAUGCCACAGUGAGACCAGAAAGAGGGGUCUACAUAAGAUAUUCCUACAAAGUCACCUUUCCGAUAAAAAGGAAGAAAGGAGGAUAUCUAAAAUAAGCCUAGAAUCUCACAUGCAGUUAUAACUUCUAAGUGAAACCCUUUCUCCCUCAUGUCCUUAAAUAGUCACAGAAUCACACACAAGCUGACUUUUAAAGACAAGCUCGGCUACCAAGCUGGGAGUGGGAAGUGAAUCAACCCCAAAGGCUCUUUUAGCCUGUCUCCCGACUCUUCCAGAAAGUGUUCUCCUGUUCCAUCUGCAGUGCUGUUUACUACUGGAACAUAAAACAAAACCUGUUGUUUGUACCAUCACUUUUUCUAGUGUUUCCUGUGCUUUUAUGAUACCAAGUCUGUUCAUAAGUUCUGAAGAUAAAUUAUGUGAAAUCAUAUUUUGGCAUAUGGGGGUGGAGAAUGAAUUCUUUACAAACUUUUUAAGAUGAUCUCAUUUGUACCACAGAAAACAUUUUGGAUGUUGUUAUAUAUGAGUACAUAAAUUUUUCUUGUUUUAUUUUGCAUUAAAAUAAAGCUUUAUUCAGUCAGUAA